CGUCUACAUCGACACUCAGGGCUUUUCGUCGACGUCAGCACCAGCGAUCACGCGAGGCGCACUUCGUCUUGGCUUAUCGCUUCUCAGGCUUGGACAUGCACCGCCUGAUCCCUAGCUUCGCAUGAAGUUUCACACGUAAAAUCGCACAAGUCGGCUGAUUCUCCUGUCACAAAGAUGGAUGAGCUACUGCACCACUGCAUCCGCGAACUCGCGUUCGAGGGUGACCUCGGAUGCGACGCUUCACGGCUUCGUGGAUUUAUCUCGGAGUUCUACAGACAAAAAUCCUCUACGCAAAAUGUGGACGAUGAUUACUGUGCAUUCGUCUGGUCUGUCGUAGCGCAGCAACCAGAGGUGCGCGUGGGCAUUGUUCCUGAGGGCGCUUCCGAAGUGUAUAUUGCGCCUCAGUCAAGCAAGAAGGCCAAAGGAAAAGCAAAAGACGGCGAAGGAGGUGGAUCGGCGACCCAGGAAACGUUUCUCCAUCUCAUACCAGAUGCCGCCGAGAAGUCUUUGGAUGAACUCAUGGCAGAACACGGUAACGCACUGAGGAUUGCUGUCGAUCCGGAUAAGUCGUUCAUUGCCCUCACCGGCUCGCAUAUCCGACCUUCUAAGCUCACACCCAUGGUCUACUCUUGCCUGCAGCUCGUUGCUCGCGGUAGAGAGAAUGGUAUGAGCGUUGUUGACCUCAGUAGGAAGACCGGCUACGAUGCGAAGACUUCUCACUAUCUGGUAGAGAAACUUCUUGGAUUGGACCUCGUCGUAAAGCUAAAGAAAGCGGGUGUAGGAAGCAACCUUUGCGUCCACAAAUACUUUUUCGAGAAGAGUGAGACUUGGCAGAAUAUUCGAGCCGUGGAACAGGCGGCGAAAGAAGCGGCCGACGAAAAAGAACAGCCGGGUGAUGAAGAUGACGACGUCUCCGAGCAAGGGUCGAUUCAGUUCGACCCAAUUGGUGUCAAGCAUCUGUCACGUCUCGAUAUUUUGAAGGGCAGACUGGAAAAGCUUCUCAAGAACAGUCCACACAAUUUGUAUCAACUGCAAAAUCUCGUUGUUGCGAUAGGCUUUUCCAACCCCACGAAGUCGGAACGUCGGUUCUUCCAAACCCGCCUGCGCGAGCUUGAGACCGAGGGUUUCCUCGAGAUCGUACAAGCUCGAGGUCCAAAACGUCUUACCAAAUGCGUCCGACUUAUAGACAGGGAGGAGAGUGACGAGACCUCUAAGACUGCUGGAGAACCUAUUGAGCCAGAAGGCGUGCACAAGAAAGUGAUGAAGACGACCGUGACCUUCCAGAGGCAGAUACUUGAUAUCAUUGACGGCGCUGGCAACGAGGGUGCUACUUUGAACAGCGUAGUAGAGGCUCUCUGCAAUUUCGAUAAGCGCGUCAUGGACUUCCAGCUUAAUCGCUUGAACGAUCUGCACCCUCCACCGCACCUUCGUGAUCUAGGACUCUCGCAGUUGGCCGAGAACUAUGGUCGCGAGCGUCGGUACAAGUACUUCACUCUUGUUCACUAUGUCAAGGUUGCUGCCAAGGAGAAGCUUCAGGUACCCUUUCCCGAGGAUUAUCUCUCCCAAGCGGGAGGGUACUGCGUGGUAGACGAGCACAUGUUCUAUGAAGACAUGCAAGAGCUUCACAGCUACAUCGACUCCCUCAAAACUGCGGAAGAAAAGCCUAAAAAGAAGCUUGGCAGACCAAGGAAACAUCCUCUCCCUGAAGGCGCCGAGAACUCGCAGUUCGAAUGGCAGAAAAAACGCAAGCGCGAUCAGACAGAGGCUGACGACAUAUCGUCUGCACCACCCAAGAAGCGCGGUCGACCUCGCAAGCAUCCACUACCAGAAGGCUUAGAGGCCGGUAGUUCAAUCUGUGUACUUCCUACUUCCAAGAGGCGCGGUCGAUCCGGCAAGAAACUCCUCCCUGAAGAGGAAAUAUCCUCCGCUCCGGUUCCUGAGAAGCGCGGUAGGCCACCGAAGCAUCCUCGACCAGAAGACGACUCAGCUUCAGCGCCUGCACCUAAAAGGCGUGGUCGCCCACCCAAGCAUGCUCAUCCGGAAGAUACUGCUGAAGCCCCGAAUGUAGACGCAAACGACCCUACUGCUGGCGAGAGCGGGCAGAAGGACCGGACAGCACUUACUGUUCCUGCUCAGUCUGGUUCGGGCCCCGUUGCCUCUGGAGAGCAAGACCAGUCUGCCGAGAAUCUUCGGCCAGUACCCGAGGGGACCGUCGCACUUUUGGGCAAUGCUCAAAAGGCAACGACAUCCGACGCUAGUCCAGCGCAACCCGAGUCUGCCAGCGUCCCCGACAAUGCGAGGAAGAAGGGACGCCCACGCAAACAUCCUUUGCCUAGAGAAGCGUCUGCCGGUCCCUCGACGGCUGUCGCCGAUGCACCCAGAGUUGUCACUGAGUGCGCAGAUCAGGCCAUACCUUCUGCUCCGCCUACUCCGAAGAAGCGUGGUAGACCGCCGAAGAUACGCUUUGCGGGGGAGGCUUCCACUGGCUCUGAAAGGCGUGAUCGCCUUCCGAAGAAUCUACCCUCGAAGGCUGUCUCUCCACCCGCCGAAAUGGAACAGGCAGAGACCGUUGAAUGGCCAGAGCAGCCGCCCGUGGUCGCUCCAGAAGAGCCUCCCCAGACUGUGUCCGAAACUGAUGCUCGACAGCCCGACGCACCGCUUACUACCAUGGAGAGGGCACAGGACCUCUCUUCCGCAGCUGCUCGUAUAGCUGCUGCAAUGAACAUCGAUGCGGCCGCUAUACAUGGGACCGAGGAGCUCUCUGUCAAUCAUCUGGGGACAAGCCUAACGCCGCCCAACAACAGCGUCAUCGACCCCGCCCUCCUGGAAAUGGAUCGCUCGGCCGCGCUGGGUCCCCAGAUCAUCACCGUAGACACUAGCGUGUCCGCGCAGCCACCAGCUACCUUGAAGAGGACGCUUCCCGACUCGGCAGAUCGACCCUCAACCAAGCGACAGAGGCACACGGGUCCUCUGACUAACAUCUCGCGCGGCCGCCGGCAGAAGGAGAUCCUACAAGCAUUGGAGGGUUUAGGUGGAAUCGUCAACACGAGCGUGAAGGAGUUCUACUCAGCUCAUGCAGCGGUCGUCGAAAGUCUCGCUAACGCGGGCGAAGCUACUAGCACGGCGGUGGGCUCUCAUCUGGACAAGAAGACGUUGAACGCCGUGCUCUUGGAGCUCGAAUCUCAAGAGAAGAUCAAGAUGAUAACAACGUCGAUUACUCCACCAACCGGUGGGCCACGCCAAAUCAAAAUCGCCUACCUAGCCAACACACCUGAUGAGAAGCUGAAUGAGUUCUUGGCAAGUCUUAGCCGUACCCAGCGGCAGCCGACUACCUAUCAGCCGACUGUGAAGAUCUUGGACGAGCCUGUCGACUUCGGUGGCAACAAGACAAAGAAGGCAUCCCAGUUGGGUGCAUCCAUUAUCCUGCUUAACGAAGGAGACAGUGGGCAUGACAACGAGCGGGUUAAGCAGCUUCUCCAAGCUGAUGAAGAAGCCAUUCGGGCGUCUCUUCUAACAGAACCUAAUACAACCGCCCAGAAAUACGGUCUCAUCUUCGGAAAGAUUGCAAGGGCUAGAGAGCUCUAUCUGCACCUUGUGCGGGUGAUUGAGGAAUGCAAGUCUUCAAGCGUUAUCUCGACAGAGCCUCGCAUCAUGCAUGUCGCGUACGUUUUUCAAGACAUUCCCGUCUCCGUAUACACUUCGAUAGUCGCCAUCCGCAUUUACAACGAAGAACUGCUACACGUUCUCUCAACUCCGGCAGACCGUCAGACAGCGAUCAAGGAUUUGCCGAAGUCAAUGGUGGAGGCAUGCGAAAUCGACAAGUGGAAAACCAGGUCAAGUAUGAUGGACACGCUGCAUAUCCUUCAAGGCCUCAGGCUGAUGAUUGCCCUCAACCCUACCGACGCGGAAGAGCCGGCGGUCAAGUGCCUGCCCAAUGGCGAGCACCCCACUGCGUUUGGGCCUGCACCCGAUGAGAAACACACGGCUACUUUAUCCGCACCCCAAUACUGGAAGCUCAACGAUUCUGUGCCUUUGCACUUGUGGGCAUUGAGUAAUAAAGAAAAGCCGUAUCUAUGGAAGAGGGCCUCGACGAAGACGUUUGCCGAAGGCGAGCAGUUCUGGAAAGAUCUGCACCGAUCGUGCUUGGACGAAGCGUUUUCCAAGAGUACUCUCGAUGACUUGGCAGCCGCUGGCUCGUUGUCUGAGAAGGCCUCAGGAGAUUUCCCUGACGAGGUCGCGAAGUUACUCUGUCGUUCCGGACAAUGGUCAACCACGUACAACUUCUCCUGGUACCAAAGGCAAUACCUCCGCAAACAAAUCGACAUCAUUCCCGCAUCCACGCCUCUGCAAGACGAGGAUGGCGGAGAGGCACGCCUAUCCAAGCUCGCCAUGCUCGUCAGCGCACCAAAGGAACAAGUCGCCCAGUUUUACGAGCGCGAACGCCACAGUCUACUCGAAUAUGUAGAGAACAUGCGCAAGCGGAAGGAGGGCACCGGAAAGCGGAAGGAGGGCGCCGGAAAGCGGAAGGAGGCACAGACGGAGGCACAGAAGGUGGCCCAGAAGGCGGUGCUCGCACAAAAGGCGGCCGAGGCCCGCGCAGAGCUCGAGAAAGCAUGGGAAGACAUGCUGGCACGCGUGCACUCAGAGCCACUCAAAGGCACAUUCGCGUCACGCAUGAAGCCCGUACGCACAAAGUUCCUGCAAAGCUCGGGCAGAGAUGUCGAGAAAUGGGAGCAAGAGAUCGCGAAGACCAUCCAGGAGGCGAAGGUAUCUGCGAAGAAGCCGGUGGCCAAUCGACGUCCAUUGGCAUCGACUUCCUCGAGGACCAUGCUUACUCCACCGCCACUCGCGAUCGCUCCUAACGAGAAACCGGUUGAAGAACUCAUCUCGUCCCAGGGUCCGCCUUUGGACCAUGUGCAGGUAAAGGGCAAGAAGGACAAAGAUAAGAAGGAAAAGGGAAAGAGUAAAGAUUGUGAGCCUCGAAUCUUCCGAACCACUAUUUUGACCGUUGAAUGCGCCACAGCUGAGACAGACAUGUUCGGCCGACGCCGCCAGCGCUUUCAGUGGAACAAGGACCUCGACGAGCUCGGGCGCGACGCCUCCGCAAUCAUCAGGGCGCGCUGUCGAAAUGGUAAGCGGCUCGACUGGGCUGCACUGUGCCAGGUCUUCCCUGCCAUCCCGCGGAACUCCGUUCGUCAGCGCAUUGGCCACCUCAGGGAACAGCCCGGCGCAGAAACAUAUUUCAAGCGCCUUGAGGAUAGGUGGUACGAGCUAUGGAUGCGGCACCUGGGCACGCCGGAGCUCCCGGACGAAGAUCCUGGUAGCCCGUCGAACUUUGACCUUGUAGCGCAUAUCAAAUUCUUGAGGAGUCAUAUCGACAAGAAUGCCCUUCGCGUUGGGUUUGUAGAGACCGAGAAACCCCUUGCUGCUGUACUCCCUGCGUCUCUCGAUAUUUUUUCCACGAAGUGGGAGGUUGUAGAGAAACCCACUACUUCAGCUUCCUGGGAUUUCAUGUGGAGUGGAGUUGCCGAAGAAGGUCGCGAAAAACAGCUGAUGCAGCAAUCUUUCGUCCUUGGAGGGAACGAACUGCCCCAGUCAGACGAGUACCCAUCCGAGAAUAUGUUCGUUGCGGAUACUGCGUUGAAGAUGACUCUGGGCACUCCGAACGAUACCUACGACGCUCAGAAAGCAUCUCAUCUCCUGAGCCUGGCUGGAGACGAAGCCGUUGGAGCUGUUGUAGAAGAUCUGCUUGAACAUGGUGUACUGUCCAAACUCGUUAGAGACCCGACCAAACACAAGCCCGGCAGGACGUUGAAAAUUUCAGACGGAAAUCUAGGCGCUUUGAACGGACAGUUGGCGCCUGAAUUGUACCAGGACGCAACAACUCUAGAAGAGAUGCUGUCGCAGCAGGACCCAGAGGUGCUAUGGCGAGAUUGGCCCUUGGUGGCAGGCGACGGCGACGUCGCGGCACUAAUCGAAUUGGCCUCAAACAACAAGCUCGAGUUUAGCGUGGACAUAUCUCGUGCUCAGUCGGCACGGCCGACCAUAGACUGGAACAGCAAGAAAGCCAGCGACGACGACAUUGAGACCGCCAUUAGCGUCCGCAUCAAAGAGCCCAUCGGAGCAGCGCGAGUCUCUCCACCAGAAGAGGACGCCAUCACACACGAAACCGAAGCUACUCCACCUUCAAUGCACUCGGAAAGCGAAGGCCAUGGAACAACAGCCGACGGAGAGCGCGCUUGCUGUGCGAUAUGGUCCACUGGUCUCGCCAACUGCGUCGCAUGCCUCUCAGUCGUUACGCAGACUCUUCUCGAUGGUUCGGGUCUUCAGGAUGCUCAACGCUUGAGGUCGUUGUUGGAUGUCCUAGAAAUCGCUGGGUCAGAGGGCUUAACAAAGGAUAACCUGGAGAAACUCAUGGACCAAGAUGACAGGACGAUGCUAUCCGCUCAUAUUGGUCGCCUGACUGGCUCUGUAGUACCGCUAGCCUUUUGGUCUGGGUAUAGAGAGGUGGUUCUGGUUUCUUCUCGGUAUUGGAACGCAUGGUCAGUCGUCACCAGUGAAGAGGAGACUAAAUGCGCGCGGGUGCUUCCUAGGCGAUGGCUGGACAUCUCCGGUCAUGUCAUUUCAGAGGUCUGGAACGCUGCGCGAAAGGCCAUCAUGGCCAUCGUCAUCUUCCAUCCUGGGAUUUCUCAGGCUGAAAUUCGCUGGAGAUUGCGGUCGGUGUACGACCGACAAGAAGUCAAUGACACCCUGCAGCAACUGAUGGAAGAAGGGUUUACCAGAAGAGAUGCUCGCACGUCUAGUAUAUUGGCAGAUGAAGGGAUGCCCUCGAAUAUGGAAGAGAAGUCGAUUUUCUGGUCGACAAGCGGCCAGAAGAUCUGGUAUCAAGUGUAGUCCCAGGGACAAUGAACGGCACCUGGCAAGCUUAAAUCAUGUACCAUAGUAACGAUUGCAAUCUUGGUGGAGCUAUUUUUUCUCCCCUUUUUCUUUCCCUUCUCC